UCCCACGUAGUGGGAUUUGGGAGCACCCAAAGGGCAAAGAGACGAAGGGCGAGGACGCAGCGUAAGACGGGUGCACCGAGGCGCAGGAGAUAGAGGCUGCGGAUGGGGGGGAGGCCCAGUUAACAAAAUGAACGAAAGAAAAUCGAACGUAGACGAAGUAGACGCCAGAGGUGAGGUGAGGUGAGGUGAGACGCGGGUGGUUGGUUUUGGUUCUCCGAGCCUCUCUCUUCUCCUUUUAUCUUCAACUCUCAUCCACACCACACCACACCACACCACGUUUCUCAUUCUCCACGAACUCCUCUCUCACUCACUCUUUCACUCUCCUCCUUCCCUCCCUCUCUCUUUCUCUGUACCUUCUUUCUUCUUCUUCGUUUUCAAUAAUGGCUUUGCAGUCAUUGGCUCCGAUUCCUCAGCUAGUUCACUGCUCCAAUAAUGGCCGCUUGCCCGCCCAGCCUCUUCGGAACGGGCUCUUCGUCGUCGAUUUCGUCGGGCCCUGUAAAUCGAAGCGGACCCGCAGGAAAUUCGGAACGUCCGAGCAUCGGUCCUUCCCUCAAUUCGUUUCCAGGAGCUACCCGGUCAAAGCUGUUCUUGACCUUGGACGUAGCGAUGCUGCUUUGGAUCAAUCAGCUGCUUCUCCUUCUUCGGAUUUGAAGCCAAAGGUUGCAGACUUGCAUGAUAUUAUAGCAGAAAGGGGAGCUUGUGGAGUUGGAUUCAUUGCCAAUUUGGAAAACAAAGCAUCCCAUGGGAUUAUUGAGGAUGCUCUAACAGCUCUUGGCUGCAUGGAACAUCGAGGGGGCUGUGGAGCAGAUAAUGACUCUGGUGAUGGUUCAGGAUUGAUGAGUUCAAUCCCAUGGGAUCUAUUUGACAAUUGGGCUAACAAGCAAGGGAUUUCUUCCUUUGACAAGUUGCACACUGGUGUUGGAAUGGUUUUCCUCCCAAAAGAUGACGACCUUAUGAAAGAAGCCAAAAAAGUUGUUGUGAAUAUUUUUAGACAAGAGGGUCUUGAAGUGCUCGGAUGGAGACCUGUUCCUGUGAAUGCUUCUGUAGUUGGUUACUAUGCAAAAGAAACAAUGCCCAACAUACAGCAGGUAUUCGUCAAAGUUGUUAAAGAGGAAAAUGUUGAGGACAUUGAACGAGAACUGUACAUAUGCCGGAAGUUAAUUGAGAAAGCAGCAAGCUCAGAAAGUUGGGGAAAUGAGCUUUAUUUCUGUUCUUUGUCCAAUCAAACAAUAGUUUACAAGGGAAUGCUCCGCUCAGAAAUUCUUGGUUUAUUUUAUUCUGACCUCCAAAGUGACCUGUAUAAAUCCCCUUUUGCCAUCUAUCAUCGGAGGUAUAGCACAAAUACCACUCCCAGAUGGCCCCUUGCACAACCAAUGAGAUUACUUGGUCACAAUGGAGAGAUUAAUACCAUACAGGGAAACUUGAACUGGAUGCAAUCUCGUGAAGCCUCAUUGAAAUCACCUGUAUGGAAUGGUCGUGAAAAUGAAAUUCGGCCAUACGGCAAUCCCAAGGCAUCUGACUCUGCAAAUCUUGAUAGUGCAGCUGAAGUAUGGAAUUAACAUAUGUAGCUCUUAUUUAUAAUUUUAUAGAGAGUUCUGUUUUGAUGACCCACAGGAAAUAAAUAAAUAAAACAUAAAACUAACCUAUCUCCAAGUGGGUUUUGUAAAAUCGGUUCUCUCUCUCUCUUCAAGUGGGUCCAAUAUUUUGAUGAUAUUGCAGCAUGUCUUCACAAAACUGAAGUAGAGCCAAUCACACUUUACUUAUAGCUUUCUGGAUGCUUAUUUCUGGGCAUCACUUGCUUUGAGGAUAAAACCAAUUUAUCGUGUU